CUAAAGCGUUGGCAACAAUGGUCAUAACACUCUUUUCAACAUUCGGUCACACUAGAUCUGAGUGGGUUUUGUGCGCACGUUUGCAUGUGAACGAGAGUCGUCUACGUUGUAUCCCAACUUGCACAAAGGGUCGUCCGUAAAUAAAUAGCAAUAAAUAAGCCAACAUGUCUGGAGAAGAAACGUCUGCCGAUCGCAAUGUCGAAAUAUGGAAAAUAAAGAAGCUCAUCAAAAGCCUGGAAAUGGCACGUGGAAAUGGCACCAGCAUGAUUUCAUUGAUUAUUCCGCCUAAAGAUCAAAUUUCUCGCGUCAGCAAAAUGUUGGCCGAUGAAUUUGGUACGGCCUCCAACAUCAAGUCGCGUGUGAAUCGCCUUUCCGUCCUGGGCGCAAUCACGUCGGUGCAGCACAGACUUAAGUUAUACACCAAAGUGCCUCCCAAUGGUUUGGUCAUUUAUUGCGGCACAAUUGUCACAGAGGAGGGCAAGGAGAAGAAAGUGAACAUUGAUUUUGAGCCAUUUAAGCCAAUUAAUACCUCUUUGUAUCUGUGCGACAACAAGUUCCAUACGGAGGCCCUCACUGCCCUGCUGGCCGAUGACAACAAGUUUGGCUUCAUUGUGAUGGACGGUAACGGCGCUCUCUUUGGCACCCUUCAGGGUAACACACGCGAAGUGCUGCACAAAUUCACUGUUGAUCUGCCGAAGAAGCACGGACGUGGUGGUCAGUCAGCGCUUCGUUUUGCUCGUCUGCGUAUGGAGAAGCGUCACAAUUAUGUGCGCAAAGUGGCCGAGGUUGCCACACAGCUCUUCAUUACGAAUGAUAAGCCCAACAUUGCUGGUCUCAUUUUGGCUGGUAGUGCGGACUUUAAAACUGAGCUCAGUCAAUCGGAUAUGUUCGAUCCUCGUCUACAAUCGAAAAUCAUUAAACUGGUGGAUGUAUCUUACGGUGGAGAGAACGGUUUCAAUCAGGCCAUCGAAUUAGCCGCUGAAUCGUUGCAGAAUGUCAAGUUUAUACAGGAAAAGAAACUCAUUGGUCGUUACUUUGAUGAAAUUUCACAGGAUACUGGCAAAUAUUGUUUUGGCGUGGAGGACACUUUGAGAGCCUUGGAACUGGGCUCUGUGGAAACAUUGAUUUGCUGGGAAAAUCUGGAUAUACAACGCUACGUACUGAAGAAUCAUGCCAACUCGACGUCAACGACAGUAUUACAUUUGACGCCCGAGCAGGAAAAAGAUAAGUCUCACUUCACGGACAAGGAGAGCGGCGUUGAAAUGGAAUUAAUCGAGUCUCAACCGCUUUUGGAAUGGCUGGCGAACAACUACAAGAUGUUUGGCGCUACCCUGGAGAUAAUUACGGACAAAUCUCAGGAGGGUAGUCAGUUUGUGCGAGGUUUCGGUGGCAUUGGCGGUAUCUUGCGCUACAAAGUGGAUUUCCAGAGUAUGCAACUUGAUGAGCUGGACAACGAUUGCUUCGAUUUAGAUGACUACUAGAUAAUUCCGCAGUUAUAUCCACCAUCGAUGGCAAAAUUGAAAACUGUUAAUUCUUAAAAAAAAAGAGAAUCGAAGAGAGCAAAUAGAAUAUUUUAAUAAUAUUGAUAAUACCAGAAAAACAAAAAACAAAAACCGAAAAGAGCACACAAUCCUUCUUCCAUUUUAACGUUGUUGGCGAAUAAGAGUAAAAUUGCAAAUAAUACAUACCUACUAUAUACCAUAAAUACAAAAAA